UCUGGAGCCGGAGCUCGGACACGGAGGCUGCAAAAUCCAGGCCGAGGCCAGAGAAUCGCUGCCUUUAUCCAAACCAGCAACAGGCGGAGGGACAGACGCCUUGAUAGACCAUAUCGGACUCUAGCAGACUCCGAGGGAGGUUGGGGUAUUGUGACCGGGGCGAGGCAGCUGGAUCCGCCGUGCGGAUCUCAGUAAUAUGCCGGCACUAUGUGGUGUAUUACUGAAGAAGCUCCUGUUACAAUAAUGAAGGCCAGUCCAAGAAGGCCUUUGAUUCUGAAAAGGAGGAAGCGUCCCCUGACAUUCAAUAAUCCAGUAGAUAUAAAGGAGAAUCCUCCUGACAAGAAUGAUGGGAGUAAAUACAAACCUGAGCCCACAAGUUUUGACACAGAUAGCACUUGUUCAACAAAGGAUGACUUAAGACACUCUCAGAAACACACAGCCGUUGAGACACAAAAAAUCCCUGAGAGGAUUCGGAUUGUAAACCAUCCUUCACUGCCCAACACACAGGUUGUGUUAAUUCCAAAAGAUGCAGAUCUUCAAAGCAUCAUAGCAGCACUCACGGCAAAGGGAAAGGAGAGUGGCUCCAAUGGACCCAAGAAAUUUAUUCUUUUGAGCGGUAAUGCAACUUCCUCCUCUCGCCAGAGUCAGUCUUUGGAAAGUAAUGAUCCAUGUGCACCCCUUCUGGGAAGGGAAAAAAAAUCCAUGGAAUUACAGGAGGAGCCAAGUUUAACAGUUGCUAACUCUAGUGGCAAGUUGGCCAUACCAGACUUUAUAAGUAAUAUUAGCAUCAAAAAGGAGGAUGAUUUCUCGGUUCAAGAACCUCAAACACCAGUGCCUUCAUCUUUGUAUGACCAAGAGGCUGGUACAGUCACCAAAGUUCCUGAACGUCUUCUCCUGGAUGACAGUCUGACCAACAUUCAGUGGCUGGGUAAAAUGAGCACGGAUAGCCUGGGGGCUUGCAGCGUGAAAGAUGAAGCUGAGAAAGAAAACCAAGAGCCUCCACCAGAAAGUGCCACUCCAGAGUCUGUUCACGAAAGGCCUCCAUACUCCUACAUGGCCAUGAUUCAGUUUGCAAUAAACAGUACCCAGAGCAAGAGGAUGACCCUGAAGGAAAUUUACACCUGGAUUGAGGAUCAUUUCCCCUAUUUCAAGCAUGUGGCCAAACCAGGUUGGAAGAACUCUAUUCGGCACAAUCUGUCUCUGCAUGAUAUGUUCAUACGUCAAACGUCUCAUAAUGGCAAGAUAUCACACUGGACAAUCCGUGCUGAAGCCAACCGCUUCUUGACAUUGGACCAGGUUGUUAAGUCAUCGGAUUACAGCCCAACUGACCAAACCCAUUGGAUCCAAGCAGUGCCUGUGCUGGUCUGUCAACAACAACAAAAGCGAACUGGUACCACUGAACUACCAAAAAGUAAUGUUGCUACCAGCACAGAAGUUAAUCUGAGAAAGAUGAAACCAUUGCUGCCACGGACUGACUCCUACCUGGUACCCAUUCAGUUGCCGGUCAGCUCCUCCCUCAUCCUACAGCCAUCUCCUCACAUCACCCUACCAACAAUCCAGGGGCACCGUUCUUCAACUAGCAGCAGUAACGAGUUGGCUAGGAAGCGCAAGCGUGUUCGGAUUGCACCAAAGGUUCCAAAUGAGAGUCUGAGUUGUAAUCAUCCUGCAACCUCAAUAAAGAAUACUGAGAAACUGAUGCUGAUUCCACCAAUUCCUCCAGUUACUGAUAUUCAUGAGAAUUCUGCAGCAGCAAAACCCAAUGAGGUCUCCAAGGAGAGCAGUUCCAGGCGAAAGCAGAGACAUGUUCUUCAGCCUGUGGAGGAACCUGUUCUUCUGUUCCCAGAAGCCAGUGAGUCCAUGGCAGAAAGUGGACUAGAUUUGGGUUUUGUGUCUGGUUUCAAUGAGUCUAGAACCUUGGACCAGUGCUCAGAUUUUGCAAGCACCACAAUAGACUAUAACUUCAAAACGCCCAUUAAAGAGAAGCCCCAUGAUCUACCUUCCUCAUCAACCCCCAGUAAAGGCACCAGUGAGAGCUCUCCAGUUAAUGUAGCAAACAGCUGGAAGAUUGCACUGACCCCUUUGAAAAAAGACGACAACCUAUUUGAGUUCAGUCCCGUGAGGACACCAUGUGGUUCCUUCCUAACACCCUUGCGCAAUAACACAGGAUACCUGAGUUUUAGUAGUACACCAUUUAAGGACUUUGCUCUCUUUGAGUCACCACGAGAACUCUUGAACUCACCAGUUAAGGAUCUUGUGUCUGACACAGGAUUCUCCCCUCUUUCAGAGGGCAAUUCUGGAAGGUGUUCUCGAGAACUUCAGAUAAAUGCAAACACCAAAGCUUUGACUGAAGGCUUGGUCUUAGACACCCUCAAUGACAGUCUUAGUAAAAUAUUACUGGACAUUAGCUUCACUGGCCUGGAAGAUGAGGAUUACGAACUUGAGAAUAUGAGCUGGUCAACACUAAUUCCAGAACUGAGAUAAUUCAUUUUGUGAGGAAAGGAGUUUUGCUGCUUAAAUUAUUUUUAUUCUUGAUGUUAAUACCAUUUCAUGUUCAAACUGGUGUAGCUAUCAAGUUAGAAUUAGAAACACCUUUUUGGACUAAACCCUUUGGCAAAAUUUCAGGUUAUUUUUUGAAGUCAUCAAUUCCUUGUGUCUGUAUCUAUAGGUAUUUAGUUCCUCACCCAACUGGACUGUGCUUAUUGUAACUGGAUUAAUCACUGUUCAUAUAUACAAUCCUUUGCACGUGUCUGCCAUACUGUGUAUUGAUUUUGUGUGUGUGUGUGUGUGUGUGUGAGAGAGAGAGAGUUUGCCCGCGUGUGAGUGCACAUACUGUCUUUGCUGCUGCUUUAUCUUCCUGGAUACAGGACAUUCGGCCACUUUUAAAGGCCUUGAGAUCUCCCGAGCACUGCAUUUCUGAUGAUAGUCAGCAGAUUUCUUGAUUCUGACUACAGAUUUUCUUAUUUCUUGGUGUCUCCUCAGGGAAUGUCAGAAAGUUUUGUAAAUUGUACUUGUAAAUAUAUUUUUAAAAAUGUCAAAAGAGAAAUAUGAAGGGGAAUAUAAGCCUUGUAAUGCUUAGGGAGAGGAGAAUGUGACUUUCUUAAUUUCAGUGAAGGUCUGAUCUUAACUGAAGCUUGUUGUCCAUUUAAUAAGAUAUGAGAUGAUGCAGGCAAGUCAUGGUUGAUCAGUGUUGAUUUAAAUUGUCCACCUUUGAUGUAUCUUCGCAAUUGACAUUAAUAUUGACAUAUAGCAGCUGGCGACAUUCAGCUCCAGCCCAAGAGUUUUUAAUAGAAAACGUUGGAAAUUAGUCAGUAUCUGACUAGUUAACAAUUUGGGUGUAAUCAGAACUGCCAAAGAUGCAAAAUUU